GUGGGAGGGGAAGAGAAAGAGAGGUGGGAAGAGUCUGUGGUCAUGGUGACAAGUUGCCCUUGACUAGAGGAGGUGCUGAUGACAGCCAACACUUCACAAGGCAACAACUUACUGCUCAGAGCCACUCAGUCAGUGACAGAGAGAGGGGAAGGAGAGGGGGAGAGAAAUAUGUAUCUCUGGGUAUUGAUAUGAAACAUUAGAUAAAUUAACAGAGAGAGAAAGAAAGAGAGAGAGGGACAUCUCCUAUCUGGCUCAGAGACUCUCAGUGACAGACAGACAGACAGAGAGUGAGAAGGUAUGUCUAGCUAUUGAUAUAAAUACUGGAGAAAUUAACAGAGAGAGACACAGAGAGAGAGUAUAGAGAUUGUAUGUGUCAUCUCUAGACAUUGCUACCAAACCCUGGAUAUAUUUAACAGAAAUACAGUCUGAGCAAAUGCACCAGUCAGUGUCAGCACUCCAGCAAAACGGUGGCUGGUGUUAGCAGGUGAUAUUUUUUUAGGGGGAGGAGAGGUUUUGCAUACAGUGUCUUUCUCUUUCAUUGCCUGGAGAUUUUUGCUUGGCUUUUGUUGGUUGGAUUCCAGGCUCCUUUUUUUUUUCCUCCUGUUUUCCCUCUGGACCCAACAUGGACUGAGCAGAACACACACACACACAGGACAGGAGAGGAGAGGAGAGGAGAGAGGGUGGGACACAAGCCUCUGGCACCCAGUCACCAUGUGGAGCUGCUCUUGGACACUCAUCCUGGCUCAGGUGCUAAUACAGUGCGCUCUACCCCUGUCCUGCAGUGUCCUCGAGCAAUACUGUGAAGCCCUGUCCUCCGCCAGCAAUAUCACAGGGCGUUACUGCAAUGCCUCGACCGACCUGAUCGGGACGUGUUGGCCGAGGAGCCCAGUGGGGCAGCUGGUGGCCAGACAGUGUCCAGAAUACUUCAAUGGGAUCCAAUACAACACCACAAACAGUGUAUAUAGAAGGUGCUUCGGGAAUGGAACGUGGGCUGUGAAGAUCAACUACACCCAAUGCCAGGCCAUCCUGCAAGUCAAGAGGAAACACCAGAUCCACUACAAGAUCGUGGUGAUCAUUAAUUACCUCGGCCAAUGUAUCUCGCUGGCCGCUCUCAUCAUCGCCUUCGUGCUUUUCAUGCGUCUGAGGAGCAUCCGAUGUUUGCGGAACAUAAUCCACUGGAAUCUGAUCUCUACCUUCAUCCUGCGCAACGCCACCUGGUUCGUGCUGCACACCAUCGACCCCAAGAUCCACUCCAGCAACGAGGUGUGGUGCCGCCUGGUCACUGCUCUGUAUAAUUACUUCUGUGUCACCAACUUCUUCUGGAUGUUCGGGGAAGGCUGCUACCUUCACACCGCCAUCGUGUUGACCUACUCCACCGAUAAGCUGCGCAAAUGGAUGUUCCUCUGCAUCGGCUGGUGUACCCCACUGCCCAUCAUCAUAGCCUGGUCCAUUGGGAAACUCUACUACGAAAACGAGCACUGCUGGUUCGGGAAAAGUCCGGGAAAAUACAUUGACUACAUUUACCAGGGGCCGGUCAUCCUGGUGUUACUGAUUAAUUUCAUCUUUCUUUUCAACAUUGUGAGGAUCCUGAUGACAAAACUGCGAGCGUCGACCACGUCCGAGACCAUCCAGUACAGGAAGGCAGUGAAGGCUACGCUGGUGUUGUUGCCGCUGCUCGGGAUCACCUACAUGUUGUUCUUUGUCAACCCCAGAGAGGACGACGUCUCUCAGAUUGUCUUCAUUUACUUCAACUCCUUCCUCGAGUCCUUUCAGGGUUUCUUUGUCUCGAUGUUUUACUGCUUCUUGAACGGAGAGGUUCGAUCCGCCAUCAGGAAACGCUGGCACCGUUGGCAGGACAAGCACUCGAUCCGUGCCCGGGUGGCCAGAGCCAUGUCCAUCCCAACAUCUCCGACCAGGGUCAGUUUCCACAGCAUCAAACAGACCACAGGCAACUGAGGCCCCGAGCCAGAGCAGCCCUCGAGGAACAUCAACACAGGAGGGUACAAACAGGGUACAGCUUUGCCAAUGCGCGUUGGUAAGCCAAAGUCACAAACUGGGACC